AUGGCAACCAACAUUUCUGAUUCCUUUGGUGUGCGAUUCACGGAAAAAAAUUAUUCUGCAUGGGAAUUUCAAUUUCGAUUGUUUGUUAUGGGAAAAGAAUUAUGGGGUCACAUUGAUGGAUGUGACCCAAUUCCUACUGAGGUUGCUAAAUUGGCUCAAUGGACAGUGAAAGAUGCAAGAUUAAUGACAUGGAUUUCAGGAUCUGUUGAUCCUAUGAUUGUUUUAAAUCCGAGACCAUAUAAAACUACUAAAGAUAUGUGGAAGUAUUUGAAAAAGGGCAAUCUCAAUAUCCAAGAUUACUUUUCCGGGUUUCAAAAUUUAUGGGGUGAAUUUACUGAUAUUAUCUAUGCUAAAGUACCACUUGAAUCCCUUGCUGCUGUUUAG